AUGAGGCAUCUCUUCUCUCUCGUGAUAUUUCUCAUCCUUCUGGUCUUCACCAACGCUGCCCCCGUGAAGAGCGGACGGGUCAAAUAUAACUUCAACUCUGACUGGAAAGUCUAUGUCGGCGACCCUGACAAGGCAGAAACCGCCGGCUUCGAUGAUGACCACUGGAAGAAAGUGACCACACCAUAUGCAUGGAACGAAGAUGACUCAUUCAAGGUAGGGAUCGCCAAUCUGUCUACCGGAAUUGCCUGGUACCGGAAACACUUCAAGCUUCCAUCUUCCGCGAAAGACAAGAAGGUCUUCCUUGAGUUUGAGGGAAUCCGGCAUGCGGGAGAAUUCUACCUCAAUGAGAAAUGGAUCGGACGCAGCGAGAAUGGUGUGAUGGCAUUCGGGUUUGACAUCACGGACGCGAUCAAGAUAAGCGGGGAGAAUGUGCUAGCCGCGCGUAUCGACAAUGAUUGGGAAUAUCGGGAAAUCGAGACAGAUACCCGAUAUCAGUGGAGUGACAAGAACUUUUACGCCAACUAUGGAGGGAUAAACAAAAAUGUGUACCUUCAUGUAACCGAUCGACUGUAUCAGACGUUGCCACUUUAUUCCAACCUCAAGACGACUGGAGUGUAUGUGUAUUCAAAAGACAUUGACGUCAAUGGCAAAACUGCCACGGUCACGGCCGAGACUCAGGUCAGAAACGAGCACACAUCUUCAAAGACCUUCUCCUAUGACGUCCGGAUCGAUGACAUCGACGGGAAGACCGUCAAAUCCUUGCGAGGGGAGAGGUUCACACUGAAACCGAAUGAAACAAGGAUUGUCGACGUUUCUGGAGUGCUGUCGAAUUUGAACUUCUGGAGCUGGGGCUAUGGGUACCUGUAUGAUGUGCACACCACCUUGAGGGAGGGCGGACAAGUAGUCGACACCGUCACUACGCGAACAGGUUUCCGAAAGACCGCUUUCAAAGAUGGCCACUUUGCGCUCAAUGAUCGGGCUUUGCAUCUGAAAGGAUAUGCACAGCGCACCACAAAUGAGUGGCCGGCACUCGGGUCUUCGGUCCCGGCCUGGCUGUCCGAUUUCUCCAACAAGCUCGUGCUCGAGAGCAACGGAAAUUUGAUUCGAUGGAUGCAUGUCACGCCGUGGAAACAAGACGUUGAAUCCUUGGACCGACUAGGUCUUCUGCAGGCAAUGCCUGCCGGGGAUUCCGAAAAAGACGUCACAGGCCGACGAUGGGAGCAGAGGCAUGAAGUUAUGCGGGAUGCCAUUAUCUAUAAUCGGAACAACCCGAGCAUAGUGUUCUAUGAGUCAGGCAAUAAUGGAAUAACAGAGGACCAUAUGAAAGAGAUGAAGGACCUCAGGGACAAGUUCGACCCAUACGGAGGGCGCGCCGCUGGUUGUCGCGAAAUGCUCAAUAGCACGGUGGCAGAGUAUGGGGGGCAGAUGCUAUACAUUACGAAAAGCGCCCGCCAGCCGCUCUGGGAGAUGGAAUAUAGCCGCGACGAAGGCUUGCGGAAGUACUGGGACAACUACUCCCCGCCAUACCAUAUCGAUGGGGACGGACCGCCAUACAAGGACGAAGACGCCAGUCAGUACAAUCGAAAUCAAGAUUCCCAUGCGAUUGAAAACGUUAAAAGGUGGUUUGAGUACUACGCGCAGCGACCAGGAACCGGGACCAGAGUUAACGCCGGAGGAGUGAACAUUAUCUUUUCCGAUUCCAACACGCACUACCGGGGUGCUGAAAAUUAUCGUCGGUCUGGGGAAGUGGAUGCGAUGAGACUACCGAAAGACGGGUGGUACGCCCACCGGGUGAUGUGGGACAACUGGGUCGACGUUGAAAAAAUGACUGGACACAUUGUAGGUCACUGGAACUACAACGACAGCACAACGAAGGACGUAUACGUCAUUUCUACUGCUGAACGAGUAGAGCUCUUCUUGAAUGAGAAGUCGUUAGGAUGGGGAGAGCAGAGCGACCGCUUCCUGUUCACAUUCAAGAAUGUCACCUGGGAGUCCGGUGAGCUGCAUGCCGUUGGCCAUUCCGGCAGCGAGAAGGCGGUCAUAGGCAAGAAGGUGACAACGGGAAAGGCGACUGCGAUCCGUCUCACAAAGCACGUCGCGCCGGAUGGAUUUCUCGCCAACGGAGCCGAUAUUGCUCUAGUGGACGUGGAGGUGGUAGAUGCAAACAACCAGCGAGUUCCGACUGCAUUGAACCAGAUUGAUUUCAAGAUAGAUGGAGAGGCCACUUGGCGUGGUGGGCUGGCACAAGGACUGGACAAUUACAUUCUCGCAACUUCGCUACCUGUUGAGAAUGGUGUCAAUCGUGUGAUGUUGAGAUCGACAGAAACUGUUGGAAGAGUCACACUGAGUGCAAAAUCAGAUCACCUGAAAUCAGCCUCCGUUACAUUGACCUCGAAGCCAUUCAAAAGCAAGGACGGGCUGAGUACCCAACUGCCUGGGGAUAAUCUCUCUUCGAACCUCUCUCGAGGCCCUACUCCCCAAGGACGUUCUUACACAACAUCACGCAAGGCUGUCCAAUUAUCCAAUGCCACGGCUGGUUCCGACAAGGACAACAGUAAAGCAUCGUAUGACGAUGAUGAAAGAACUCAAUGGUCCUCCAACGCAAAUAAAGAGACCGCCUGGAUUAAAUAUUCGUGGGAAGCACCUGGCAAUGUUUCACAGAUGGUACUGAAGCUCAACGAUUUUCGGAACAAAGAGUACCCCGUCGAAGUGACUGUAGGUGGCAAGGUUGUAUGGAAGGGGAGAACGGCGAAGUCACUGGGGUAUGUGACAUUGGACCUCAAUGCCACGGUUGGAGAGAGUGCCACGAUUUCCCUCGACGCAGACGAUAAGUUGGAAAUUCUUGAGGCCGAAGUCUAUACUCCGGCAUGA